UCACGCAGUACGACGGGCACCGCAGCAGACUGCAUGAAGCAUCUGCCCUGACCUGGUUUUAGUCUCCAGAUUGCCACCCCGAUUAAACAUACUAGCCCGUUGCGUGCAAUGUCGGACUGUCGGCGAGAGUGGAAUCGGGAGGAUGAACUCCCAGUUUACUUGGCAGGGCCCAUCACCACGGGCCCUACGCAGCGACAGAAACAUUGCGGUAUGUUCAGUUCUGUGGAGGGGGCUUUCGACAGCAAAACCAUUGAUUUUGACUCUAACGCUGUGAGCCGGAGAGGGAGUCGGACCCCUCGGAGUGGAAGCAGAGAGCGCAUCCUAGACGGUGACUGUGUGAGCGAGACAGCCAGCGUCCGCAGCCCCAACUCACCGGAAAAUCGAGAGGAUGGGUGCGAGAGUGUCGCGAGCACACAUUCGUCUGGGAAAUACUGCUUUUCAGGACAAAAUAAUGGAAAGAGUGAGCGACUGCUCAUCAAAGGAGGGAGGGUUGUGAAUGACGACCGGUCUUUCUAUGCGGAUGUCUAUGUAGAAGAUGGUGUGAUAAAGCAGGUGGGGGAGAACCUGAUCGUGCCCGGCGGAGUGAAGGUGGUGGAGGCGGAAGGCCGCAUGGUGAUCCCCGGCGGCAUCGAUGUCAACACCUGCUUUCAGAGGCCCUUCCUGGGCGUCAUCCCGGUGGACGACUUCUACCAGGGCACCAGGGCCGCCGUGGCUGGAGGCACCACCAUGAUCAUUGACCAUGUGACCCCGCAGCCAGGGGACAGUCUGCUGGAGGCCUUUGAGAAGUGGCAGGAGGCAGCGGACAGGAAGUCGUGCUGCGACUACUCCCUGCACAUGGACAUCCCGCAGUGGCACGAGGGCGUGAAGGAGGAGCUGGAGCUACUGGUGCAGGACAAAGGGAUAAACUCUUUCCUAGUUUACAUGGCCUACAAGGACCUGUACCAGAUGUCAGACACCCAGCUGUACGAGGCCUUCUCCUACCUGAAGGAACUGGGAGCUGUGGUGAUGGUGCAUGCGGAGAACGGAGACCUCAUUGCACAGGAGCAGAAUAAAAUUCUGGAUAUGGGAAUCAUUGGGCCAGAGGGCCACCCAUUGAGUCGCCCAGAGGAGCUGGAGUCGGAGGCAGUGUUCCGCGCCAUUACCCUCGGCAACCGGGUGAACUGCCCUGUGUACAUCACCAAGGUGAUGAGCAAGAGUGCUGCGGACACCAUCGCCCAGGCCAGGAAGAGAGGUGCCGUAGUGUUUGGUGAACCAAUCACGGCCAGCUUGGCCACUGACGGAUCCCACUAUUGGAGCAAGAACUGGGCCAAGGCGGCUGCUUUUGUGACCUCUCCGCCCCUCAGUCCAGACCCCACGACCCCGGAACACCUCCACACUCUACUCUCCUGUGGGGACCUGCAGGUGGUUGGCAGUGCACACUGCGCUUACAGCACCUCCCAGAAGGCCAUCGGGAAGGACAACUUCACUCUCAUCCCCGAAGGGACCAAUGGAGUGGAGGAGAGGAUGGGCUUCGUUUGGGACAAAGCUGUGGCAAUGGGAAAGAUGGAUGAGAACCAGUUUGUGGCAGUCACUAGCACCAACGCUGCCAAGAUAUUCAACCUGUACCCGCGGAAGGGUAGAAUAGCUGUGGGCUCAGAUGCUGACAUUGUCAUCUGGGACCCUGACAGGACAAGGACCAUCACUGCUAAACUGCAGCAGUCGGCGCUGGAGUAUAAUAUCUUUGAGGGGAUGGAGUGUCGUGGGGCUCCCCUUCUGGUUGUGAGCCAGGGGAAGGUUGUCUAUGAGGAGGGCAAGCUUCAUGUGCAACAAGGCACUGGUCGUUUUAUCCCCCGCAAGCCCUUUCCAGACUAUGGCUACCAGCGUGUCAAAACUAGGAACAAUAUGAUGGGCAGACAGGGUGUGCCUCGUGGAAUGUAUGACGGCCCUGUGUACGAUGUGCCUGCCACUCCAAAGUACAUCACCCCUGCACCUUCUGCCAAGACCUCGCCAACAAGCCACCAGCCCCCACCAAUCAGAAAUCUCCACCAGUCCAACUUCAGCCUAUCAGGAGCACAAAUGGAUGACAACAUCCCACGACGUUCUGGCCAUCGCAUUGUGAACCCCCCUGGUGGCCGGUCUAACAUUACUAAUUUGGGCUGAGCUGACUCCAUUGUGUAUGUGUGUGUGUGUGUGUGUGUGUGUGUGAGGGUGAGUGAGUGUGUGUGUGUGUGCAUGUGCAUACAUACACGUGUGUGUGUGUGUGUGUGUGUGUGUGUGUGUGUGUGUGUGUGUGUGUGUGCACUACAUGUAUGUGUACAAAUCAGUGACCAUUGUUAUCCACUUUAUUCUGCUAACACAAUCUCUAAACUGUCAAAGACAAGACCUUGGACAAAAUCAUGAUAUUUGAAGGGAAAAAAAUGACAGAAAUACACACGACACACAUCUCAAUCACUGAACUAUAGAACGGAAAUAGGCAGACUGUAAUGACUAAUGCAUCAUAUGAAAACCUUUUUCCCUCUGAGACAACCUCUCAGAUCUUCUGUUUGACAUUUUUCCCGUGUAAACCCACGUGUUGAUAUUAUCUAUUUAAACGAUGGUGCUCUCCUUUGUGACCAGCUAGUGAACCUAAAGCCCUCGCAAUAUACGCCACAUAGUGCUGCAGUGAUGCCUAUUUAAAUAUGAUUUGCCAUCAGGUGCACAGAACUCUUCCCAGACCUGUUUGUCAGGUGCACUGUUUAUCCAUUGUAUUGUUGUGGACUGAGGAACACCGCAAUGGGCUUUUCUCUGUUAUAGAGGUUGGUGCUUAUACUUGCAUGGACGUAUUUUUACUUGGAUGUUGAAAUUAGUUGUUAUAUUCACUUCUAUCGCAACUGAUAUGGUCUGUAUGUUUUUAGACACACACAUUGUACACUCUCGCAAAGGCCCUGUUGGGUCUUUGUUUCACAUGAAACAUACCUUCUCACAUAACCUCACAUACUGUGGUAACUGCCAGCUAUGAUGCUUUAAACUGCACUGGCUCCUUUCAUAAUAGCGUGCAUAAAAUCUUUGUUGUCUGUUGUCACAUUGGACACAUAUGCAAGCACACUCAGUGACAAGAAGAACACAAUCAGUCACACACCUCUGCAGACUGCAUAUGAAGGAAGAGUUGCGUAUAGCGCACCAUGGUUGUGCCUGGUGAAUCAUAUGGGGGCACCUUCAGCCACGCUGUGAGGAAGACCUUUGUGAUGUUGAGAUAUCUGACUCCCUGAACGGCUUCUGCUUCCCUCCCUCUUGUCCUGAAACUUAAACCUUUUUGUCUUCCCUUUGGAUGAACUGUGAUGUCUUUGUUGGCCAUGGCAUCUCUUGUAGUUUGAAGCGAAUGUUCCUCUAUGGUUGUUGUAUGGUAUUUAAAUAAACUCACAGAUCAGUGAAACACAAGAGAACAUUGUGAAAUAAAAUCCCCCAAAAUAUG